AUGUCCACAGUAUUUUGCACAUCAGCUAUCCUUCGGCCGGGAGCGAGGAAGGAGGCCCUGGCGCACACCGUCGACAUCCUCGACAUCUUGCCGUUGAAGGUUCGCCUGGCCGAGGACGGCAGCCGCAUCACGGGCACCGACACGGGCAGCGCUUCGGACACCGACCACUCCUACACCGACGAGGACCUUGCCGUGGAGCCGCGGCUCGUGGAGCCCAUCGGCCUCCCCCCAGGGCUCGCCCCACCCCCAGGGCUCGGCCUCGAGGUGGCCGACGGCUUCGUGAGCCUCGGAAGCGCGGUGUCCGCUGCCGAGCGCACGCCCCUCCGCAGCAGGGCCACCCUGUACUCGCCCCUCAGCAGCGGUGCCGAGGCGUUCGUCCCCAAGAGCCUCUCGCUGGCCCAGGGCCGGCGCCCCCGGCUCGGCGGCGCUGGCCCGAAAGCCCCCGGGUGGACCACGGUGAUGAUGCGCAACAUCCCCUUCUCCUACACGUGCGACUCGGUGAUCGCCUUGUUGGAGUCCAGGGGCUUCUCGGGGUGGUUCGAUUUCGUCUACGUCCCCAUCAAGCGCACCGAGGCGCUCGGUGUUGGGUACGCAUUCAUUAAUGUGACCUCGCCACAGAGAGCGGAGGAGUUUAUGCUUGCAUGGGAGGGCUUUGAUGAGUGGACAUCGUCGGGUUCUGGAACAGCGUGCUCCAUGUGUUGGAGCGUUUGCCAGGGCCUCCGUGAGAACAUCAGCCGAUAUCGAAACAGUCCGUUUAUGAGAGAUAACGUGCCGGCGAUCUACAAGCCAGUCCUCAUGAAAGACGGCGUGCGAAUCCCGUUCCCCAAACCUACGAGACCGUUACAGCAGGACCGUUCCCAGAGGUACCGCAAUGUCCAGAAGCAGGAGGACAACGAGUGA